ACUCAAAUACUCAAACACACAUAAGCACACCCGCAUACACAAAAGCAUAUAUUUCAACGUAAGUCUAAAUAAAAUUGCAAGAGAAAUAGUGUAGUGUGCUUCCAACACACACACACACACACACACACACAAACGCAGGCUCACCAACAGACACUCGUAGAGUCACCCACAAACACUCAAACACACACACAGGCACACGCAUAUGUAUGUAUGUGUGUCAGAUACAAAUAGUUAUACAUUCAUAAACACAUCGUUCAAACAAUCCAUACACAUCUUUUCAUAUAAACUAAAUCUUAUCAACAAACUGCUGUGUUUAUAAUUUUGUGUUCUUUUGGUACCUUGUGGUUUAGAAAUACCAACUUCCCAAGAUUAAAAGAUUCUUCAUCAACAUGGAUAAUUCGACAGGAGAUGUGCUGUCAGACGAAUCGUCAACUGCACCUUGUUAUAAUGUGUACUGUUUGUCGGACGAAGAUUAUAUUAAUAUGGUCGAACAGCAUGUGCAACCAAACGCAGGUGAAUGGAUUCUUGUCGUCAUCUUCAUCAUCCUGUUUAUAGUAGGCUUGGUUGGUAACUUUCUCGUAUGUUAUGCAGUCAUCAAAAACAGCCAGAUGCGAACUGUGACCAACUUGUUCAUCAUGAAUCUAGCUAUUGCCGAUUUUAUGGUGAUAUUGAUCUGCCUACCUUCAUCCUUGCUUGUUGAUGUAUCUGAAACGUGGUUCUUUGGAGAGGUGAUGUGUAAAAUAUUCCUCUAUUUACAGACUGUGUCAGUUGCAGUUUCUGUAUUAACGCUUAGUGCCAUAUCUAUUGAGCGCUGGUAUGCCAUAUGUCAUCCACUUUCUUUCAAGAGCACAGCAUCGCGGGCCCGUAACAUCAUUCUUACGAUCUGGCUGUUGUCCGCGUGCGUGGCGUCACCCGAUCUGGUAACAGCACGAACAUAUCGAAGCCUUCCAAUGAGAUACAACUACGUGAAAUGGUUAGUGUCCUGCAGACCAAGCUGGACACAAAGAUCGCAGUUUAUAUAUCAGAUGUUUUUAUUCAUUGCACUCUAUUUCCUACCAUUUUGUCUCAUGGCUUUCACUUAUACCCGAAUCACACUUGUAUUGUGGCGUGAAGAUAUUCCUGGUGUCAAUGAAACUGCUGGAGGCCACAGAUUAAUGGCUGAAAAUCGAAACCCAAACACUAAUGCUCAGCUGCAGACGAGACGAAAAGCGGCCAAGAUGUUGAUCACAGUUGUCAUUGUCUUUGGAAUAUGCAAUUUGCCAGUUCAUAUUCUCAAUAUUGUCAGAUAUGCGAACAUUUCGAAUAAUUUGAAAGCCAUAUCAAUCUUUUCGCUAAUCUCUCGUCUUCUGUGUUACGUGAACAGUGCCAUAAAUCCGAUAAUAUACAAUUUUAUGAGUGCGAAGUUCCGUAAAGAAUUCAAGUCUGUUUGCCUGUGUUGUGUUUCGCCAUUAGAACAAGAACAACACACACAACGCCCAAAGUCGGGUGGAAGCUAUAAUAUUAGUUACAGCCGUACAAACUGCCAAACAGAGCAAUUUACCCUGAUAUCGGUGAAGGAAUGACAGACUGGAGGAAGAAAAUAAACACAAAUGAAUAAUAGUAUUUACACAUGCAUUUAAAAACAUAUCAAACUUUCGAAUAAAAUUGCUUAUUUCUAAAACGAAGAAUUAUUGAAAGACCUUGAAAGCAUUGUAUAUAAAUACAUAUUUUGUUUUACUCAACCGUCUAUAUAAUGUUUACUUUUAAGGCACUCCUAAUGAAAGAGAUAUUAAAUCUUAUAUGUAUGCAGAUAUGUGUGUAAAUAUAUGUAUGCAUCAAUCUAUCUACAUAUAUGUACACGCAUGUAUGUAUAAGUGUGUGCGUGUGUGCAUGCGUGUAUAUGCAUGUGUGUGUCUGUGUGUUUCCUGUGUGCGUGUACAAGAACUGAUAUAUGUAUGCAUUUGUACCAAUACGUAUAUGAACUUACAUAAGCACUGAAAAUCCACAUCUAGAAUGAAGAUUGACACUCACGUUUGAGAGCACUUGCUCUCAAUAUUUUAAAACCCGGAAAAUAUGAUUAAUACCAUGAAAAACCGAGGUGGAUGUGACAUAUGUCAAUGCUAAGAGAGAAAGGUUACAAAUUUAAAAGAAUAUUUUGCAUCCUUUUCUUUUUUUCUACGUAUUUUCUUUUCAGGAAAGGAAACAUUUCAACAAGACCUACUAAAAUACUACACUUAAUAGUAGGUCACAUAUCAUCCCCACCACACACACACACAUACACACACACACACACACACACAAAAACCAUGAGCAUACUCAAAGGUGCAAGCAUACUGACGCAUAGAAUAAAUAUUCAAAAAAUUACACGCUUAAAAAAAAAUUAACCGAAGCUAGCGUCAUAAUAUACACUUGAGUGAGC